UAGCAAUGAACAUUGACGAAUUCCGCAUUCGUGGUAAAGAAAUGAUAGAAUAUAUUUGUAAUUAUAUUCGGACUUUAGAAGGUAAACGUGUAACAGCAAACGUAGAUCCCGGAUAUUUAAGACCACUUUUACCCAAUGAAGCACCAACAAAACCAGAAUCAUUUGACGUUAUCAUGAAAGAUGUUGAAUGUAAAAUAAUGCCUGGGAUAACGCAUUGGCAGCAUCCAUAUUUUCAUGCAUACUUUCCAUCAGGAAACUCAUUUCCUUCAAUCCUUGGUGGCAUGCUAUCUGAUGCGAUUGGCUGUAUUGGUUUUUCUUGGGCAGCCUCACCUGCUUGUACCGAACUCGAAACAAUUGUCUUAGAUUGGUACGCGAGAGCCUUGAAUCUACCCAAUAGUUUCCUUUCAGAAACUGAACAUUCGACAGGUGGUGGUGUUAUUCAAGGUUCAGCAUCUGAAUGUAUUCUUGUAACAAUGUUAGCUGCCCGAUGGCAGGCCAUAUGUAUUCUUAAAAAACAAAAUCCUCUUAUCGAAGAUUCAGCUUUUCUACCAAGGUUGGUUGCUUACUGCUCAACUGAAUCACACUCAUGUGUUGAAAAAGCUGCAAUGAUUAAUCUAGUUAAAUUACGUAUUCUUAAACCGGAUGAAAAAUGUUGUCUACGUGGUACUGUUCUCGAAGCCGCCAUUCUCGAAGAUGUAGCUCAGGGCCUUGUACCAUUUUAUGUUUCGACAACUCUGGGUUCAACAGGAUGUUGCGCUUUUGAUAAGCUCCUGGAAAUUGGACCAGUGUGCAAACGUUUUCCGGGUACUUGGUUACACGUUGAUGGUGCUUAUGCUGGAAACUCUUUUAUUUGUCCAGAAAUGCGACCCUUGAUGGUCGGCAUUGAACACGCUGAUUCCUUCAAUACAAAUCCUAAUAAAUGGUUGCUUGUUAAUUUUGACUGUUCCUGUUUAUGGGUGCGUGAUCGCGUAAAACUAACCUCGGCUUUAAUAGUGGAUCCAUUAUAUUUACAACAUGCUAAGUCAGAAGAAUCUAUUGAUUAUAGGCACUGGGGUGUACCACUGAGUAGACGUUUUCGUGCACUUAAGCUGUGGUUUGUUAUGCGAUCAUAUGGUAUAAGUGGACUGCAGAGUUACAUUCGUAAUCAUAUAAAUCUAGCACAACGUUUUGAAUCUCGACUUCGAGGAGAUCAACGUUUUGAAGUGCUCAAUGAGGUGCGUGUUGGUUUGAUUUGCUUUCGACUUAAAGAAAAUGACGAGCUUAAUCAAGAACUACUUGCCAAUAUCAAUGCUUCAGGAAAACUACAUAUGAUUCCAGCAUGGGUUCAUAGCAAAUAUGCACUACGAUUUUGUAUUGUGAAAGAAAAUGCAAUUGAAAAAGAAAUAGAUUGGGCCGUCGAUGUAAUUAUGGAACAUGCUACUGAAAUUCUCAAAGUUCAUUAUCAAGUCAAUGAAGAAUGUAUAAUUAAAAGUCCUAAAAGUCCUAUACCACUUGAUAAAAAACUUGUACGCAAGUUCAGCUUUACGCGUAGUGUUACACGCGAUGCUUACAAACGUUCAAAAUCUAAAACAAGUUUACAUGAUGGUGCAACACCAAUCAUAGUUGUAGAAGAUCCAUCUAUCGAUACUAUUGAAGAAGAUGUCUUUUACCAGAGCCGGUAGAACAUAUUUUAGUUCACAAUAUCCAAAAAAUAAGAUUAACUUCUCUCACUAUUACGAGUGCAAAUUUUUAACUUAAUUAAUUAACUUAGAUAAUUAAAUAGCCAAAAGAAAUAAUGUAUUUGAUG